CUUCUAUCGCCAUUAUCAGAAGCCGCCAAGAUGGUGCGCAUGAAUGUACUGGCUGAUGCUCUCAGAUCGAUCUGCAAUGCAGAGAAGCGCGGCAAGCGCCAGGUCUUGCUGAGACCUAGUUCAAAAGUCAUCAUCAGAUUUUUGUCUGUGAUGAUGAAACAUGGAUACAUUGGUGAAUUCGAGAAGAUCGAUGACCACAGAGCUGGCAAGAUUGUUGUUAAUCUUACAGGACGAUUGAACAAGUGUGGUGUAAUCAGCCCAAGGUUUGACGUUGCCAUGCAAGAUAUGGAAAAAUGGACAAGCAACUUGUUGCCUUCAAGACAGUUCGGAUUCCUUGUAUUAACGACAUCCGGUGGUAUCAUGGACCAUGAAGAAGCCAGAAGAAAACAUCUUGGUGGAAAAAUAUUGGGUUUCUUCUUCUAAGAAAGUCAUGUAAGAAAGAAAGUAUGUAAUUAAAAAAAAAUGUACAAAGACCAAA